AUAACAAGAUGGCGGCAAAAGUUGAAUGUUGAAUGAUCACUUUCUCUGCGGUAACUUCUGCUUGAACAAAAUAAGCCUAAAAGUAGAGAUUUACCCGAAGGCAUUUAAGAUAAGAGAGCUUUCUUGUCGUCUUUUGAAAGCUACUCCUUCUCUCAUGCUACAUGGAAAGAGAGAUCUUAGAAAUUAGUGGGAGGCAGAAAUGAAUACGAAAGGCCCGCAAAAAAGCGACACGAGACCCUUAUGCAAAUAUGGUACAGNGUCUGGCCUUCUUUCUGUCCCGCUAAAAGUUUCCAUAAUCCAUCAACAUGGACAGACCAUUUGCAGUAUAAAUUAUGCGAUGGAAAACCACUGGCACCGAUAAUUUCGCCAAUAACAUGAACUUCCGCCAUACCUGCAACUGAGUGUUUGCAAAUAAAAAUUUCUGAACGGAAAAAUUCCAACAUGGCGGACUUCAUUCUGCGCAUGCGGAAACUGAGCCCGCGAUAGUUUUGAACAUAACAAGAUGGCGGCAAAAGUUGAAUGUUGAAUCAUCAAGUUUCUGCUUGAACAAAAUAAGCCUAAAAGUAGUGAUUUAACCAAAGGCAUUUAAGAUAAGAGAGCUUUCUUGUCGUCUUUUGAAAGCUACUCCUUCUCUCAUGCUACAUGGAAAGAGAGAUCUUAGAAAUUAGUGGGAGGCAGAAAUGAAUGAGAAAGGCCCGCAAAAAAGCGACACGAGACCCUUAUGCAAAUAUGGUACAGCCUGUUAUCGUAAGAACCCUGCUCACUUUCAGGAAUAUCGGCACCCAGGUAUUUAUGUAAAACAAACUUAAUUUAAUUCAGCCGAAAUUUGAAAAUGUGAAAAAUCAUGUUCAUAAUGUGCAUGAUCAUGAUUUUUAACAUCAGCAUGCAAUGGCUGUUACCCGUGGCCGUACCUGAACCUGUAAUAUGGGAAGACUCCUCUUAUAGACCUGCCAACCCCUAAUAAAGGAAAAUCUGCUGACUCAUGAAAAAAAAAACAAAACAAAAUGGGAGAUUCUACAAAAAUAGUAUUGAGAUUCUGUUUUUCCAUUGGGGGAAUGAAGUGUUUCUUUACAAGUUGAUGGUUAAUUUCUGUACUAGCCUUAAAUGAUAGAUAGAAGCUGCACAAAUUCCACAGUUCGGUAACUAUUUAGCAGAGUGAUAAUUUUUAUUAGUCGAUCACUUUAGUUUAUGUUACUGGCAUCCCCCAUUAAAUUUCCAUUUUUAUGCAACAAGGUAACAUUUCAUUUCAAAAUGAUUUUUUCCCCCAAACCAUGAGAUUGGUAUUCUUGUCGUGAGGCUGUGAGAAAAGACAUAGUAUCAUGAGACUCGCACAGAAAAGAGUCAUGAGAGUUGGCAGGUCUGCCCUUACCCUGCAGAAGUCAUCACCAGUAGGGGGUUGAGGGGGGGGGGCACUCCUUAUAAAGACCUAUGCAGGGACGUUCAGCCUGAAAGGGGUACCAAUUUCAGGUAUAUUAAAGUGUAGGUAAAUCUAUUAUUUACUUAUUAUUAGAUCAAAAAGACAUGCCUUAUUAUGGCUUUAUCAUUUUAAUUUAUUUGAACUUACAUGAAAAUGACAAGAAGACUUCCUGUUUUAGCAAUUUAUGUUGUCUUAUUAUAAUAGGUAUGUGAAAGGGGUAACAUUUUUCAAUGGACGGUCAUAAUAAUAAAUGAAAGGAGCUUCUUUUCUAUCAAAAAAUGGUAUUUACAAGGGUACGGGAUUUUACCUUGAGGCAGAGUCUCCUGUACAUAUUGUUGCUGAGUAGUCCCCAGGGUCAAGUUAGUUAGGCAUCUGGUACAGUAUGAUGCCACUUAGAAAAGGAAUCUGGUCAUUUUGCUCAAAAGUGGAAUUGCUCAAUGAAUCGGGUUUAAAUAUUUAUCUCCUCAUGGUAAAUACAUUGUAUGUUCCUCUGUACCCUUGGGCAGAAAUGAGUGGGUACAAAAGGUUCCUAAAUAAUCCAAGUCCAUAAAUGAAAAUGCUAUUCCCACUCAAACCUGAGCAAAAACUUCGUGAAGAAUUUGACUCAGGGCUUGAAAAAGUACUGUCCGCUAGUCCGGGAUAAGUAGGUAGAGUUUUUUGGUCUGGGCAGGCAACUUAAGGUGCUUUUCAAAAGUCAGAAUUGGCUGGUCGGACCAAGACUGGAUCGGUCAUUUUGAAAAAUAAGUAAGCUUUUUCAAAGAGGUUUUGAUGAAACACGAUUUCCUUCAUGCAUACUAUUUAAGAUUUGACUGAUCUAGCAAGAUAGUUUUGAUUAAAGGUGAAAUUCUCAUUAUGACGGGAAUGGCUUGGACGGUCAGUUCUGAAAAUUGAAAGUGCCCUUAAUUAAAGCUCACUUGCCCAAUGAGUCUAGACAAAUUAUCCUUUAAAAAAAUCAUUAUUUAACUCAUAAUACUGUGUAAAACAAGCAAGAAGUUCUCCCAGAGUAGCAAAAUGUGAGAGCUGCUCAUCCAAUGGCUCCUUUUUUGAACCCUGUAUCUUUAUGAGAUUGUUGAUGUUCCUAAUGUGAAAACUAACACACAGGUUAUGACUCUGACACGGAUGAUGAAGAAGUGCAGAAAUCCCCUCCAGCCAAGCGAAAAAAGCUAGAAAAUAGCACAGCUGCUUGUGGGCCUUCAACAUCAUCAGCCUCCAGCAAUACUACUGACAUGGAGAGUUGCAUACCUUUCUUGCUUACCAAAGUACGUGGAAUUCCUUCUCAAUAUAACUCUAAACAUAUGGCAAUCGGUAUUAAAGGUAUGUAUUAUGUGGGAAUUUCAACAUGUGUUCUACUUGAUAGUAUUGAUAUAAUUUUUAAAAAUUAAUUCACUUGGAAAAUUAUUUUUUAACAAUAAUGUAUAAUGAUAUUAUUGUGAUCUAAAACCACUCAAUGCUAUUUCAUUAUUACCUCUUUGCUCUUUUCUAGAUAUCCUGUCAAGUCAGAUGGGUGACUUAGAAGCCUCUGCACAGGUAUAAAAUAUUGACAUUAAAAUCAGUAAUUAAUUUGAUACUAAAAUUAAUAUUCAUAAAACUAAAGUUCAAACCAGAGGUAAAAUUGGAGACAAAGAAGGGGGUUUGGUAAAUUGAAUGUUUCCCUUUUUAUGGAUAUCCUAUAGUAAAGAUACUAUUCUUUUUUUUUGUUUUUAAACUUCAGUUCAANUAUUGAUAUAAUUUUUAAAAAUUAAUUCACUUGGAAAAUUAUUUUUUAACAAUAAUGUAUAAUGAUAUUAUUGUGAUCUAAAACCACUCAAUGCUAUUUCAUUAUUACCUCUUUGCUCUUUUCUAGAUAUCCUGUCAAGUCAGAUGGGUGACUUAGAAGCCUCUGCACAGGUAUAAAAUAUUGACAUUAAAAUCAGUAAUUAAUUUGAUACUAAAAUUAAUAUUCAUAAAACUAAAGUUCAAACCAGAGGUAAAAUUGGAGACAAAGAAGGGGGUUUGGUAAAUUGAAUGUUUCCCUUUUUAUGGAUAUCCUAUAGUAAAGAUACUAUUCUUUUUUUUUGUUUUUAAACUUCAGUUCAACUACAUGUUUGACAUACCCUGGCUGAUUGAACAGUAUCCUGAAGCUAAGAGGUAAGUGGUUAAUAUGAAGGUUUAGCCAAGGCUAGAAGCAAAGCUCCCAUUAAUAAAUUCAUAAUUUAUUCAAAUAAUAAACUUGUAAAGAAAUCCAUUAAGGAUUAAGCCUGCAAUCAGUUAAUAACCCAGUUAAACUGGUAACUUUUCGUGAAUUACUUCCAAAAAAAGGCAACCUCAAUGGGUCAACACCUGAGCCUGUGAUACGAUCAUGUGAUAUAUGUCUGCAGAUACCCUGUUUCAACUGCUGUCAGUAAUUUCUUGACCACAUCAUGAAUUUGCAAUGUCAGGUUGCAAGCUCCCACACUAGCUAGAGAGUGUGAGAGUGUAAUAAUUUAUUAUGUAAUAUCAAGGGCUAUUAGAGACUAAUGUGAGUGUCUUCCGUACAAAUAAACACAUUUUACUGCCUGUAGAAUGCAUGAAAUGGAGUUCUAAUAUGCAAACAAUAAUUACUGCAUAAGCCUUGUGCAUCAAAAUGUCUCGUAAAUGUCUAGUUUCUGCCUAAGAACAGGGCUUGAAAUAGCCAUUGUAACUACUAAUGGCAAAUGGCAAGCCAAAUUUUAGGUCUCUGGCAGACAAAAAUAAACUAAGGUAAACUGCCGAAUGGAUAUAACAUAAUAAAGCAGCAUAAAUUUUUUGUGACAUUGUCUUCUCCUCUUACCAUGCUUACUUACCUAUCAUUUCGUUCCACAAAUCAAUCGUCCUCUUUGAAAAUAAUAUGAUGGAAGGGUCCCAGCUCAAAUGUAGCUUCUCCAUAAAGUUUUCCAUGAUAUGCAUUUUCCUCAUGAAAUUUUACCCAGCAUUUUAGGGUCCCCAGCAAGGUUUUGUUGAUGUUUAUUUAUUUAUUUACAAACUUUGCCAAGAGGCAUGUCACUCACAGAGCAAGGUCUGCCUGAGGUCCAGAUUUAGUGAUUCAUUCAUGCAUGGAUAAUAAUUAUUAUGAAUGCCUGCAAUGUGUGGCAAUACAAUUAGAACAUUGUUCUCAAGUAAAGUCUAAUAAUUUCCAUCACUGUCACCUGAGAAUGAAAGAAGAGAGCUUAACUAUAAAUUUUUUUCUUUUCUUUUGUACUUCAGUCCCCUUGGGGUUUAAAAAAUGAACCUUUUUUGAAAGUGAGAGUUGCUAAACCAGAUCUAUUUAUCACAGGUCGAAGCCACUGCUUAUUGUUCAUGGUAAUCAAAGGGAAACCAGUGCCAAUAUUCGCAGAGAAGCUGAGCCAUAUCCAAACAUUAAACUGUUUGGUGUAAGUAUAAGAGUGUCAUUGCAUGUUAAUGGUACAGAAGAAUUAACCCACCUUAUAACCACAAAAUUCAUACCACCACCUUGUUCACUUACUACAACCAUAUUAUUUUAAGACUAAAAAACUGUCAGUCAUUCUCUCUUCCCAAACUCUUGUUAAUGAAUCCAGCUUGUCAAUAUGACCGCAAAAUUAUUUUAUGACCCAUAAUGCAAUCCACAUCACAUCUUGUAACAUACAGUAAAGGGAGCGGGGGGGAGGGUGGGGCGGCAAAACUUCUUGGAUGCACAGAUAAUCAAAUUUUAUUAGCCAUGGUGCUUUGCUUCAUGCGUGCGCAGGUGAGGACUCUGCUAGGGUUGUUGUCACAGUUGUAGGAAAAACUGUCAUAUUGAUAGCUUUAAAUUAACCUUUAUUAAUUCAUAGUGGCCAACUGCGUAGGUUUAUGAAAUAGAUAAAAUUACUCAUAGGCCACCAGGUACUGCAGUCCACAGCCCAAUUUCUCUUGGGAUGACUGUAAUACCCAUGAAAAUUUAAACACAACAGUAAGUGGAAAAUUUUGGAAGGAACUAGCUGUGUCUAAAACUGUACCUAUAUCUCUCUUGAUAGGCCAGGCUAGAAGCAUUUGGGACACACCAUAGGUCAGUGUCAAUUAAGUUACAAUAAAACUUGCAUAAUCACAGCAAAAGUAAUAGUAUUGUUGUUGUUAACUUAGUUUUUUUUUCUUUACAAUUACAUGUAACGUACAGGUCUUGUAAGAACUUUUGGCCGCUCUUUUAAUAUUAUUAUAUUACAGAUUAUUAAAAUAUUAUUGUCCCUGUCUUUUUCAGCAAAAUGAUGUUCCUGUUGUAUAAAGAAGGAAGGAAUGAUAGAUGACGUCAUAGUACACGGUACAUUACGUUAAUUGUGAAAAAAAAAAAAAAAACGUGUGAAAAAGAUGUUGUUGGAAUUGUAGCAUUUGACCUAAACAGGUUUACUUCCCAUCAGCCAUAUUAUUGCUUAUAUUCAGUUAUAUUACAAUGGCCUACCUUAUAAUUAUUGUGAGGAAAGAAAUAAUAGCUCAAGGAACGCAAAAUAUUUCAGAUCUCAUUGUCAGGAAGUCAAAUCCAUAAGAAAUGGCAAACUUCAGCGAUUACCCGGGAGAUUUCAUACUCUAAUCUGGAGACCUGGAGAAGAGGUUCAAAAUCUGGAGUCUCCCAGAUUAUCCGGGAGAGUUUACAGCCCUGAUGAUCAUGAUUUUUAACAUCAGCAUGCAAUGGGCUCCUGACAUAAGAUACCUUAAGAUACAUUUUUUCUGAAUAUUCUGGUAUGGCCAUUACCUGUGGCUGUAGCUCAACCAGUAAUAUGGGAAAACUGCCCUUACAUACAUAUGUACCUGCCUACCCCUGAUAAAGGAAAAUCUGGAGACUCAUGGAAAAAAAUCGGGAGAUUCUACAAAAAAUACAGUUGUGAGAUUCUGUUUUUUCUGACUUGAAACAAGACCUUUUUCAACUGGGGGAAAUGAAGUGUUUCUUUCAAUCUAAACGGUUAAUUUCUGUACUAGCCUUCACGAUAAAUAAAAGAACAAAUCACACAGUUCAGUAAGUAUUUAGCAGAGUAAUAAUUUUUAUUAGUUGAUCACUUUAGUUUAUGUUACUGGCAUUCCCCAUUAAAUUUCGUUUUUUAUGCAACAAGGUAACAUUUCAUUUCAAAGUGAUUUUUUCCCCAAAAACCAUGGGAUUGGUAGUCUUGUCUUGUGUGAGAAAAGACAAAAUAUAAUGAGACUCACAGCAGAGUCGUGAGAGUUGGCAAGCCUGCCUUUAACCUGUAGAAGUCAUCCCCAGUAUGGGGCAGGGGGCACUCCUUAUAAAGACAUGCAGGGAGGCUCCACCUGAAAGGGGUACCAAUUUCAGGCCUCAGGUAUAUUAAAGUGUAGAUAAAUCUAUCUUUAUGUAUUAUUAGGUCAAAGAGAUGUGCCUUAUUACAUGUAUGGCUUUAUCAUUUAAAUUUACCUGAGCUCACAUGAAAAUGACAAGAAGACUUCCUGUUUUAGCGAUUUAUGUUGUCUUAUUACAAUAGAUAUGUGAAAAAGGUACCAUUUUUCAAUGGAAGGUAAUAAUUAUAAAUGAAAGGAGCUUUUUAAUUCCUAUCAAAAAUAGCAUUUAAAAGGGUAAGGGAUUGGACCUCAAGGCAGAGUCUCCCAUACAUAUUCUUGCUGAGUAGUCCCUAGGGAAGUCAGCUAGGCAUCUGGUACAGUAUGAUGCCAUCUGUAGAAAAGGAAUCUGGUUGUUUUGCUCAAAAGUGGAUUUGCUCAAUGAAUCGGGUUUAAAUAAAUAUCUCCUCAUGGCAAAUACAUUGUAUGUUCCUCUGUACCCAUAGGCAGAAAUGAGUGGGUUGCAAGGUUCCUAAAUAAUCCAAGUCCAUAAAUGAAAAUGGUAUUCUGUAAUCUUGCUGUAAGUAAUCUAUCAUACAGUCUCCUCCCACUCAACCCUGAGCAAAGGGGCUUGGGCUUGAAAAAGUACUGUCUGGUAGUCUGGGGUAAGGAGGUCGAUUUUUUUGCCGGGGCAAGUAACUUAGGCUGCUUUCCAAAAGUCAGGACUGGCCGGUCGGACCAAGACUUGACCGGCCAUUUUGAAAAUUAAAUAGGCUUUUUCCAAGAGGUUUUGAUGAAAAACUAUUUCCUUCAUGCAUACUAUUUAGGAUUUGACUGAUCUGGCAACAUGUUUUGGGAAAAAUGGAAAGCGCUCUUGAUUAAAGCUCACUUGCCCAAUGGGUCUAGGCAAAUUAUCCUUAAAAAAAAAAAUCAUUAACUUUAUAUUAAACUGUGUAAAACAAGCAAGAAGUUCUCCCAGGCUAGCAAAAUGUGAGAGCUGCUCAUCCAAUGGAUCCCUUAUUUGAGCCCUGUAACUUUACGAUAUUGUUGAUGUUCCUAAUGUGAAAACUAACACAGGUUAUGACUCUGACACGGAUGAUGAAGAAGUGCAGAAAUCCCCUCCAGCUAAGCGAAAAAAGCUAGAAAAUAGCACAGCUGCUUGUGGGCCUUCGACAUCAUCAGCCUCCAGCAAUACUACUGACAUGGAGAGUUGCAUACCUUUCUUGCUUACCAAAGUACGUGGAAUUCCUUCUCAAUAUAACUCUAAAAAUGUGGCAAUCGGUAUUAAAGGUAUGUAUUAUGUGGGAAUUUCAACAUGUGUUCUACUUGAUAGUAUUGAUAUAAUUUUUAAAAAUUCAUUCACUUGGAAAAUUAAUUUGUAACAAUAAUGUAAUGAUAUUAUUGUGAUCUAAAACCACUCAAUGCUAUUUCAUUAUUACCUCUUUUGCUCUUUUCUAGAUAUCCUGUCAAGUCAGAUGGGUGACUUAGAAGCCUCUGCACAGGUAUAAAACAUUGAUGUUAAAAAUCAAUAAUUAAUUUAAUACUAAAAUUACUAUUCAUAAAACUAAAGUUCAAACUAGAGCUAAAAUUGGAGACAAAGAAGGGGGUUUGGUAAAUUAAAUGUCUCCCUUCUUUUCAGUUAUAUGAAAAAAAAAAUUAAAAACCCGUUGGACAUCCUAAUAAAGAUACUAUUCUGUUUUUUGUUGUUAAACUACAGUUCAACUACAUGUUUGACAUACCCUGGCUGAUUGAACAGUAUCCUGAAGCUAAGAGGUAAGUGGUUAAUAUGAAGAUUUAGCCGAGGCUAGAAGCAAAGCUCCCCAUUAAUAAAUUCAUAAUUAUUCAAAUAAUAAACUUGCAAAGAAAUCCAUUAAGGAUCGAGCCUGCAAUCCGUUGAUAACUAGUAACUUUUCAAAGUGGAUUACUUAAAAAAAAAUGCAACCUCCAUGGCUCGACACCUGAGCGUGCGAUACGAUCAUGUGAUAUAUGUCAGCAGAUACCCUGUUUUAACUGCUGUAAGUAAUUUCCUGACCACAACAUGGAUAUUAUUUUGCAAUAUCAGGUUGUAAGCUCCCACACUAGCUAGAGAGUGUGAGAUUGUAAUAAUUUUUGUAUAGGUAAUAGCAUGAUUAGUAGUGAUAUUUGGCAUAAAUACCACGCGUGAUAUUUCAAAAUUGUUAUACGUAAUUUCAUGAGCCAUUAGGCGAAUGAAAUGUGAGACAAUUUUGAAAUAUCACGAGUGGUAUUUAUGCUUAAUAUCACGUACAAAUCAUGCUAUUAUUUGUUUAUACUAAUACCUGCAAAAGGUUUGUAAUUUUCACAUGUAAUACUACUGCUCUAAGCCAAUCAAAUUGUAGAAAUGUGUCAUGUAGUAGUAUUAUUUAAUAUCAAGGGCUAUUAGAGACUAAUGUGAGUGUCUUAUCUACAAAUAAACACAUUUUACUGGCUGUAGAAUGCAUGAAAAGGAGUUCAAACAUGCAAACAGUAAUUACUGCAUGAGCAUUGUGCAUCAAAAUGUCUCUCAAAUGUCUAGUUUCUGCCUAAGAACAGGGCUUGAAAUAGCCGCUGUAACUACCAAUGGCCAAAUGGCAAGCCAAAUUUUAGGUCUCUGCAUGGCAGACAAAAAUAAACUAAGGUAAACUGCCAAAUGGAUAUAACAUAAUAAAGCAGCAUAAAUUUUUUGUGACAUUGUCUCCUCCUCUUACAAUGCUUAUGUACCUAUCAUUUCUUUCCACAAAUCACUCGUCCCCAUUGAAAAUAAUAUGACAGAAGGGUCCCUCAACUAUAGCUUCUUCAUAAAGUUUUCCAUGAUAUGCAUUUUCCUCAUGAAAUUUUACCCAGCAUUUUAGGGUCCUCAGCAAGGCUUUGUUGGUGUUUAUUUAUUUAUUUACAAACUUUGGUAAGAGGCUUGGAUAACUCACAGAACAAGGUCUGCCAUGAGGUCCAGAUCUGGUGAUUCAUUCAUACAAGGAUAAUAUUAUGAAUGCCUGCAAUGUGUGACAAUACAAUUAGAACAUUGUUUGCAAGUAAAUUCUAAUAAUUUCUAUCACUGUCGCCAGAGAAUGAAAGAAGAGAGCUUAACUAUAAAUUGUUUUCUUUUCUUUUGCACUUCAGUCCCCCUGGGGUUUAAAAAUCUACCUUUUUUGAAAGUGACAGUUUCUAAACCAGAUCUAUUUAUCACAGGUCCAAGCCACUGCUUAUUGUUCAUGGUAAUCAAAGGGAAACCAGUGCCAAUAUUCGCAGAGAAGCUGAGCCAUAUCCAAACAUUAAACUCUUUGGUGUAAGUAUAAGAGUGUCAUUGCAUGUUAAUGGUACAGAAGAAUUAACCCACCUUAUAACCACAAAAUUCAUACCACCACCUUGUUCACUUACUACAACCAUAUUAUUUUGAGACUAAAAAACUGUCAGUCAUUUUCUCUUCCCAAACUCUUGUUAAUGAAUCCAGCUUGUCAAUAUGACUGCAAAAUUAUUUUAUGACCCAUAAUGCAAUCCACAUCACAUCUUGUAACAUACAGUAAAGGGAGGGGGGGGUGGGGGCGGCAUACAGAUGAUUAUCACAACCAAAACUUCUUGGAUGCACAGAUAAUCAAAUUUUAUUAGCCAUGGUGCUUUGCUUCAUGCGUGCGCACGUGAGGACUCUGCUAGGAUUGUUGUCACAGUUGUAGGAAAAACUGUCAGAUUGAUAGCUUUAAAUUAACCUUUAUUAAUUCAUAGUGGCCAACUGCGUAGGUUUAUGAAAUAGAUAAAAUUACUUAAUGCUUAAUUGAAACAGUACUCAUAGGCCACCAGGUACUGCAGUCCACAGCCCAAUUUCUCCUGGGAUGACUGUAAUACCCAUGAAAAUUUAAACACAAAAGUAAGUGGAAAAUUUUGGGAGGAACUAGCUGUGUCUAAAACUGUACCAAUAUCUCUCUUGAUAGGCCAGGCUAGAAGCAUUUGGGACACACCAUAGGUCAGUGUCAAUUCAGUUACAACAAAACUUGCAUAAUCACAGCAAAAGUAAUAGUAUUGUUGUUGUUAGCUUAGUUUUUUUUUUCUUUAUAAUUACAUGUAACGUACAGGUCUUGUAAGAACUUUUGGCCGCUCUUUUAAUAUUAUUAUAUUACAGAUUAUUAAAAUAUUAUUGUCCCUGUCUUUUUCAGCAAAAUGAUGUUCCUGUUGUAUAAAGAAGGACUUAGAGUGGUUAUCACAACUGCAAACUUGAUAUCUAUGGACUGGGAUCAGAAAACACAAGGGUGACGUGUUUUUCAAAGAUUUUAAAAUUGUUUUUUUCGUUUCAAGUUUUUGUUAAGUUCUUAUUGUUUGGGAGUCUUUUUACAAUGAAACACUUUUAUCAAACUUGACAUGAAACGGUACCAACGAGUAUUGCAGCCACUCUCUCUACCCUGAAUUCCUUCCAGCAUUACCCUCUUCCUCAGCAUUCGUUGUCGUCGUCACAUCAUCAUCACAUCAUCAUCAUCAUCAUCCUCCUCCUCCUCAGCAUCAUCUUUUGACUGCGGAGCAAGCACUACAGUUUUACCCCCGCUACCCCUGGUCUGUCAGACCAUGGCUGUUAUUCAAGGAACUUGUAGCUUUCAUUUCUUUUCUCUGAGUUAGUGUAAACAGGACGUUUUAAGCUCACCAGGCCUCCUUUUCCCAUUUCCAAGGGUGUGUAAAGCGUAACUUUCAAGUUAGUUCAUGUAAUACGUGCAAUACUGAUAUGACCAAGGAACUUAUGCUGACACUGUUGUGCUUUAACUGUAUCUUUCUAAGAAGAGGUACUGUCUUGAUGUGCGGGCGUACUUUAGUGAUUGACAUCCUGUCAGAUCGUUUAAUACCCCGCAUUAUCCAGUAAAGCGAUGUCGCGAAAGCGUUGAUCUUUUGUUCUUCAGUGUUAUCUGUUGAUAGCCAUAUUCAUGCCUUUAGUUAAAAGAUAAAAAAACAUUACUGGCACUUUUGUCGCUUAUUUUAGUGUUUGGAUGAGCCCAUUAUUUGCUAAGAUGUCAUCUUCUUCAACAAAGUCAACACCAACUAAUUUUAAAGAGGAUUUAUUGGUUAGUAGUUGAAAGUGUUAAAAAUAUUCCGACUUGACUACUUUGGUGCAGAGAAGGAAAUAACAGAACAUGCGGUUUUGUAGUAGUUUUGAUGUAAAUUGCAGAUCAGUAUCACUGCUCAUGUGUAUAAAGUUUAAGAAACUAUCCAACAAUUCUAACUAAUCUAACUAUCUAACUCAAUCGAGUGAGGUUCAAGAUUAUCAUCUUUGACCGUGUGAGGUUCAAAAAAAGGUCAAAUUGCUGGUUGUAGGUUGUAGGUACAUUAAUUUCUGCAAGCUGGUUUCCCUUUUUUGCCCUUUACAAAGGUUUGCAUAGGUGUACUUUGUGAAAAGAGCGGUCGAUUUUCGUGAUCAUGAAAUGAUAACGUACGAACAAAUUUGUGAAGAAACAAACAAACAAGAAUGUAACAAUUUGAUUGGUUUGAUGGACAUAGUAGGGCGCCGCUUUUUGUUGGUUUAGCGAACACGCAAAGCCAAAGAUUACCGGAAGUCAUUUUCCGUAAUUUGAUAUACAGAAAGAGGCUGCUGAUGAGACAAUCGAGUGCUUGUGUUUUCCUCGGCGAAAAAAACAAGACAAAACAAAACAAAAAUCCGUGUUUUGAUCCUUUUAACUACUGUCGGCAGAUAAAAAAAAAAUGCUCGUGGAAACAAUUUUUCCUGGUUGAACGAAAAUCACUCUAUCUGUUUUAUUUUGUUGCGGAAUUUUGUCGAUAAGUACUGUACUAUUUCUUGUAGGAUUACUUAGCGGCAUAUGGAGGGAAUUCAUUGGAUGAGUGGAAAAAGCAUAUACGCGAACAUGACAUGUCUUCUGCAAGGUUUGUAUAGAAGAUUUUCUUUCCGUGGGGGACUCCAUUAUGAAAGUGACGUUCGGGGAUGCUCGUCGACUCUCGUAGGGUUGUCAAUUGCAGAUUUGGGCCUCAGUUGGGCUGUUCAGGGUGUAGGGUUGAUAUUUUUAUCUUUACUAUCGCUCAGGGUGGUAUGAAAGGAAGCAUGUACAAAGUAAAAUAACCCAACUCCGUCAUACUGAAGACAGCAUUCAAUUUCAACGUCGUUCGCUCAAUUUAAAUCACUACAGCUCUAAAUUGGUUCUGGGAAUUAGUUGCCUGUUUUAGCUAAGUGUGAGUUACGCUUAGAAUGGCCUCUUUGCGUAGUUUAAUUCAUAUUUUCCGACGGGCAUCACCUAUCAAUUUUCAUUUAACAAUUUUUAGUAUAAUUACAUUGAUGAUUAUUCGAGGAAAUAAAAUUAUUGAUCAAUUUCCGACUCCGAAACAUCAAAAAAUCUGGCUGCCAUUUCGAAAACUGCUAGCCUUUAAAGUGAUAAUGACCGCGCGGUGAUUAUAGCGGGAUAAAGCUGUUAGCCAAUCAUAGCGCUCUGUUUUCGAUAAUCGUCAAUGUAGUCAUACUAAUAAUAUAUAAACAACAGAAAAGAAGAAAAAAAAAAUCGCGAUAAAAUUUUCCCUUUGUAAUAUAACGCUUGGUAUUUCUGGUGGAGCAUUCGUAAUACCCAGUUUUGUUGCAGUGUCCGAUUGAUUGCUUCAGUUCCUGGGAGACACACAGGACUCAACAAAACUAAGUGGGGACAUCUCAAGCUGCGCAAGGUAAUGUUUUUCUUCCAUUGGCCAUUUUCAACUUUUGCGCAUGGAGACUAGGUCCUGACUCGUCCCCAGUCUUCUUUAUGCCGGAGGAAGGACUGUGAGAAGCGUGACCAAAGGGAGCGCGAGGGGUGAUGGGAAGGAGGCGCAUCUCUCGUUAUUAAGGAGCUUAAGAAAAGACGACGGCGACGUCAACGAGAACGGCAAAAAGACGUCUCGCAACCUGCAACAACCUGAUUUCUUGCAAGACAACACCUGAUUCGUGGGUGGUAAAACGCACAACACCACUAUUCAGUCAUUACAGCAAUGUUGCAAAACAAGUUUUACGUUUUUGCUGCCCGUUUUGCCGUACGCUAUGAGUUCUAUGGGACUGUUUUGGGAACAAUGCCGUUUCUUUUAUUUUUAUAUUGAAUUAAUUAGAUUUAAGGAGUGUUAUGGGAAGUGCAGGGGGCAUGAGCACGGUCCGAUAUAUUCGCUCAGUAUUUACGCCCGCUUUUCGGGCCAAUUUUUCUUUACGUUUCCUAGAAAAAGAUUGUAAUGGGAAAAAUAAAGAUCGUUGUGCCGUGUUUGGAUGUAGUAAUGAUCGCCUUUUUUUCCCGAGAAAUAUACAGUGAAGUUCUCUUUUUGCCCGAAAAGCUUGCGUAAAUACUGAGCGAGUGCCCCCUGAAGAGUCCCUUGCCAUAAUACUGAGGAGUGUUAUGGCAUCCCAUGAUACUCCUUAAAUCUGAAAAAUUCAAUAUGGCCGUGUAUUGAGUCAUGUAAAAAUUUGCGUGCCGCUCGCACACGACAAAAAGUACUUGAUCGGUAUUUUGAACAAAACUGUUGAUUCCCCUGACAAUGCAUCUUUAAAUGAACAACAUUACAAGGUUUAGUACAGAACGGAUGACUUACCAUGAAUAAUUUCAUCAGGUACUACAUCAAUAUGGUCCUGUCGCGGAUGAUAUCAGCGCCAAGUGGCCCGUGAUUGGUCAGUUUUCUAGCAUAGGAUCCCUUGGGAAUGACAAGGAUCGUUGGCUGUGUGCUGAGUGGCUGCAAAGUUUAUCAACUUGUUCUGGCAGCAUGAUGUCAAAGCCCCCGCUGCGUCUGGUAGGCAUAUAUGUUUGUACUUCACCUGGUCCUCUAAUAAAUAAUUCCGCUUGACGAUGCUGUAGUAAUAAAAAAGGCCGAUUUGCAAUCUAGUGCUUAAUGACUAAUUAGUCGCUAGAUACCUUUAGACUCUAAAGCCUGAUUCACACCAAAGCUUAAACAUGUUUAAACGCUGUUUAGUUAAACGCGGUUUGAAUUUUCUUUCCUUCAUAAAAGCUGCUAACUAACUUAAAUUGAUUGCAGAUUUAGUGCAAAUUACAGAACAUGUUGAAUUUCAUUUGAAUCCUGCGUGAAACCCUGUGUUCCAGUUUUCCAUGUCUGUUUUUCAUUUUUAAAACCUGGUUUAAUUAAACAUGUUUAGAUGGUGUGAAUGGGGUAUAAGACGAUUGCGUCAUUUUUGCGGGAAAAUGUGGUAGCCGUCGUCAUUCUGCAACGAGUUUUAGCGAGAAUGUCGUGGUGGCGGAAACAAGUUAUCAAAUGUUAGAAGUUUUAGCAUUAUGCGUUCGGGAGAGGGCUGAACCUCCUGCAAUAAAGAUAACAGUGCUAAUUUUUUGGGUCAAAAAAAGUGCAGUGAAGCUUUCCGGGGUGUCUUCAGUCUAUUCGUUGAGAAUACGCGAAAAAACUUAUAGUUUAUAAAUCUCGUAGUCGUAGUCAUAGUUGUUUUCAUCUUCGAAUCUCAGGGUCUCUAAUAAAAACAAAGGAAAAGAUUAGGCGGUGAUUCACAAAAGUGGCGGCGGUCGCAUACGGGGAUGGUCUCUUACAAGAGAUUUUAGAAAAAGUUGAACAGUUCAACCGGGGUUUCAUAUAGCUUGCGAGCAAGCUCCUGAACCUCUUUGGCCUUGCUCGCAGGCUAGGUUGCUAUCUACAGCUGCUGUCAAACUAAAUUGGUCGCAAGGAGAGUGUCCAUGACUGAAGUUAUGAUCGUCUUUUGUUCCUAUCACUGCAGAUUUUUCCAACUGUGGAUGAUGUUCGUAAUAGCUUGGAAGGCUAUCCAGGUAUGGCGUAGAUUUUGAAAUUAUUAGUAACUAUUUACGGCUCAUAAUCGGUGUAAAAACCUGUGAGCCUCACGAGCGACUUAAAACAAUAUUAUAAAUACAAAGAAGCCAGUGAGAAGUCAACACAAUAGAGCCAAGGAAAAUAAUAGCUAGAAAACAAAGAAAAACUUCACACUGUCAGGUUUUUACAUCGAGGAUGACCCCAGUUGACUGAAUUUGGGAAUGGACAGUUGUAUGCCCCACCUUCAUAGGACACACAGGGAAGUUAGUAUAGUGACGACUAAUAGUAAUCUUGAUUGCUGUAUUCCAAAGUGUUAGGAUACUAUCUUAUAACUUUUUUCUUACCGGCUGUCCACGCUGAGGUGCCCAACAACAAGUAACUGGUUACCGGCACAAAGACUGGGUUGUCUUCACACCUUGAGUGCCCGAUAUAUAACUGUGUACAUAGUCCUGUGAGGCGCCAUCGGUUAAAACUUGAGCAAAGCAGGGAGCACAAGCAGUAGAUUGCUCCGGACCUAACACAGAGGGGCAAGAAUCACAACAGCCUACUGGAAGCCAAAUUAUUAAAAAAAAUUGUAUGAAAAUCUAUCUUAAGAUCGAUAAAAACGGCUAACGCCGUUUAUAGGGCAGGAAACAGUAAGAGAACAACACAGGCACAACUUUUUUUGAGGUAUGUAUACUUUAAUAGCUGCUUUUGUACAUUUUAACCGUUUUAUCGAUCUUAAGAUGAAUUUCCAUAGAAAUCCUCAUAAUUUGGCUUUGAUUCUCGGCUCCCUGUUGAACUAACAACAACGGUAUGCUCACAGGGACCCAGUGCCCACUCUAGUACCCGGCGCUUGAAUUUGGGCGUGAGUACUUGAAAAAGGGUGUGUUCACAUUAGUGCCCAAUGAGUAUCGUGCGUGGGCCCCACACCAAGUGUGAACGCGGCCUUAGAUGUGUUUUUCUUUCUUCUUUUAAGCUGGAGGUUCACUUCCCUAUAGUUCAAGUAUCGCUGCGAAGCAGCCUUACCUCACAAACUUCCUUUGGUAAGUAGACAUAUGUUGUAAUACAUAUGCCACCAAAUGCAAACACUUCAUGUACCCUCCUUGAGGACAUUCCAAUAUCCUGCACAAACAUCGAUCAACGGUUUAGCUGCCACGUAGCGUACAGGCAUUUUCUAUAAAUUAAGGCACUACAUGUCCCUGUCUCAACUCAAACAGCUAUAUUAUAACCUUCAUAUUUCCUCUUAUUUCGUAUGCCAUAUUAACAUGGGGUAGUUCUUAUCAAUCGCAGAUCAACAAAGUCCAAUUAAAACAAAAUACAGUAAUUCGAGUAAUGUUCUUCGCCGUAACUCAUGGGAAGAACACAGAAAGCGUUCUUUCUCUCAUGAAUCUACUCAACAUGUUGUCAGUGAAAUCUGUCCACCAACUACAGGCCCUUAAAUUUGCCUUCCGCUGGCACAAAAAGGAGUUGACAAGCAUUUUUCAGAAUUAUUUCCAGUAUGGCGAUCAAGUGCGCAACUAUAAUACACGAUAUGCCCCCAAAAAGAACUGUUAUAAGCGACGCACAAGAACAAAGAUUGGAAAACAAUCAAUCCAAUCCAUAGCUGUUGACCUCGGGAAAGAUCUUCACCUUCAUUUGAAAGACCUCCCAAAUUACUCCUUCCCACGCUUACUAAAACAUCAUCUACUGAUAGACAAUUCGAAAGUUGACCAUAUUCAUUCUUUUUUAUCUCCAUAUUGCUGGUUUUCACGUGACGUCAGUAAAAUUCAAACUACAAAACUAUCGAUCCCACCGAGAUUUUACUUUCACGAUGUAUUGGAGCAGCUGAAAAAUAAUCAUUUUCAUACAAAUUUUCCCUUCAAAAGGGUUCUUGGUUUUUCUGAUUGAGUACACUUGAAUUUCUAAGCUUUUCGUGACGCAGCAUUUACAUGACGGCCAAGAGAGCUGUCAUGUAGGUUAAAAAAAUGACUUAUUUCAGGGAAUUUUCCUAUCUAAACAUUUCAUGUAUUACAAAAACUAUUACUUUAAUGUUUAUGUGUUCUUCGAAUAAUAAAUUCACGCUUUUGUAGCAAAAUUCGGUAACAGAUGUUUCUGUUGGUUUCCGUCCGCCACGUUGGUGCUAAUCCCGAUGAGCACCAGCAUGGCGUCUCCGUACAAAUCUCUAUAAGAUUUGGGUAAAACGUUUCUUCGAAUAUCUCGUAUACGAAAUAUUCCUCUGACCUGAAAUUUGGCGAGGGCCUUUGCAUAUUUACCACCUUUCAUUUUCCAGAUUCUGGACUUUUAUCUAUUGAACGGUUUUGAUUUUUAUUUUGAUCCAUUUUGGAUGGCGUGACACUGAAAACCAUCAAUAGUGUGUAAUGUGUGUGUUAUUUACUUACUUACUUAUUUUGUUUUGUUGUGUUUUUUCGGUACUAUCUUAUCUGUCACCACUGUAUAAAAAAUAUCAUUUUAUAGCUAGGCGCUAGCAAGAAAACGUAAGUUCAUUGACCUCCUAAACAUCUUUGUUUUAAAAAUUCAUAAUUUUAUGUAACAUUUCUUCUUUUCUUUUCAUUAGCUAUCAAAACAAAUAAAAUUCUCUAUUAGAUGUAAUAACAAGGGUUGUUGUUGUUGUUGUUAUUUUUUAGCUGUUGCUCUUUACCUUUACUAAAAUUGGUUUAACCUAUUUUAUUAAUCAUAUUUUAUUAGUUCUUGGAAAUCCCGUUCCUGUGGAAGAACUCGUGCCUCUCCUCACAUAAAAACGUACACAAGAGCAUCUCCUGACUGGACACAGGUGGCCUGGUUUCUAAUGACAAGGUAAGCUAGAGCCACGUGGUAACAAAAACUGCAACUUGAGAUCAAUUUUCCUGUCGAUGAACACAGGAAGACAUAUACAUACCGCAACUUUAUGUCAACUUUCCUGCAGAUGAACGCGUGAUAAUAUAUACAUACCGCAACUUUAUGUCAACUUUCGCAUCGACGAACACGUAAAGAUAUAUACAUACCGCAACUUUAUAUUAAGGUUCAUGCAGAUGAACACGUGAUAAUAUAAACAUGCCACAACUUUUAUCAACUUUACUGCAGAUGAGCACGUGAUGAUAUAUACAUACCGCAAUUUUAUAUCAACUUUCCUGCACACGAACACGUGAUAAUAUAUACAUACCGCAACUUUAUGUGAACUUUUCUGCAGAUGAACACGUGGUGAUAUAUACAUGUUACAACUUUAUAUUAACUUUCCUGCAGAUGAACACGUGAUAAUAUAAACAUGCCACAACUUUUAUCAACUUUCCUGCAGAUGAACAGGUGAUGAUAUAUACAUACCGCAACUUUAUAUCAAUUUUCCUGCAGAUGAACACGUGGUAAUAUAUACAUACUGCAACUUUAUAUGAACUUUUCUGCAGAUGAACACGUGAUAAUAUAGAAUAUAGACAUACAGCAACUUUAUAUCAAUUUUCCUGCAGAUGAACACGUGAUGAUAUAUAUAUACCGCAACUUUAUAUAAACUUUUCUGCAUAUGAACACUUGAUAAUAUAUACAUACCGCAACUUUAUAUCAACUUUCCCGUCGAUGAACAUGUGAAGAUAUUUACAGACCGCAACUUUAUGUUAACGUUCAUGCAGACGAACACGUGAUGAUAUAUACAUACCGCAACUUUAUAUAUACUUCCCUGCAGAUGAGCAAGUGAUGAUAUAUACAUACCGCAACUUUAUAUCAACUUUCCUGCAGAUAAACACGUGAUAAUAUCUACAUACCGCAACCUUAUAUCAGCUGUCCCACAUUCGAACACGUGAUGAUAUAUACAUACCGCAACUUUGUAUCAACUUUACUGCAGAUAAGCACAUGAUAAUAUAUACAUACCGCAACUUUAUAUCAACUUUCUCGUCGAUAAACACGUGAAGAUAUUUACAGACCGCAACUAUAUAUUAACGUUCAUGCAGAUGAACACGUGAUAAUAUAAACCUGCCGCAACUUUUAUCAACUUUCCUGCGGAUGAACACGUGAUGAUAUAUACGUCCCGCACCUUUAUAUAUACUUUCCUGAGGAUGAACACGUGAUGAGAUAUACAUACCGUAACUUUAUAUCUACUUUUCUGAAGAUGAACACGUGAUAAUAUAGAAUAUAAACAUACCGUAACUUUAUAUCAAUUUUCCUGCAGAUGAACUCGUGAUGAUAUAUACAUACCGCGACUUUAUAUAAACUUUUCUGCAUAUAAACACGUGAUAAUAUGUACAUACCGUAACUUUAUAUCAACUUUCCCGUCGAUGAACACGCGAAGAUAUUUACAGACCGCAACUUUAUGUUAACGUUCAUGCAGAUGAACACGUGUUGAGAUAUACAUACUGCAACUUUAUGUCUACUUUUCUGCAGAUGAACACCUGAUAAUAAUGACAUACCGCAACUUUAUUUCAAUUUUUCUGCAGAUGAACACGUGAUUAUAUAUACAUAUAAUCACGUUAUAUGAACUUUUCUGCAGAUGAACACGUGAUAAUAUAUACAUAACGCAACUGAAUAUCAACUUUUCCGUCGAUGAACACGUAAAGAUAUUUACAGACCGCAACUUUAUAUUAACGUUCAUGCAAGAGCAACUGAACACGUGAUAAUAUAAACGUGCCGCAACUUUUAUCAGUUUUUCUAUAGAUGAUGAGAUAUGCAUACCGCAACUUUAUGUAAACUUUCCUGCAGACGAACACGUGAUAAUAUAGACGUACCGCAACUUUUUAUCAAUUUUCCUGCAGAUGAACACCUGAUGAUAUACAGCUAUUUCGAGGAAGGUUGUCGGGAAAAAAUGUGCACGCGACAAUCCCAAAAGGUAAUAUGGGAUACGAUCAAUUCACGAUGCUUGACACUGUAGCUUUCGAACCUACUUUUGUUACUUUCUUUUACCAAAUGAACACGUGAUGAUAUAUAUAGAUACCGCAACUUUAUAUCAACUUUCCUGCACACGAAUACGUGAUAAUAUACGCAUACCGCAACUUUAUAUGAACUUUCCUGCACACGAAUACGUGAUAAUAUAUACUUACCGCAACUUUAUAUCUACUUUCCUGCACACGAACACGUGAUAAUAUAUACUUACCGCAAUUUUAUAUCUACUUUUCUCUAGAUGAAGACGUGAUAAUAUAGAAUAUAUCCAUACCGCAACUUUAUAUCAAUUUUCCUGCAGAUGAACAACUGAUGAUAUAUAGAUACCGCAACUUUAUAUCAACUUUCCUGCACACAAACACGUGAUAAUAUAUCCAUACCGCAACUUUAUAUCAAUUUUCCUGCAGAUGAAGACGUGGUAAUAUAUACGUACGGCAACUUUAUAUGAACUUUUCUGCAGAUGAACACGUGAUAAUAUAGAAUAUAGACAUACAGCAACUUUAUAUCAAUUUCCCUGCAGAUGAACACGUGAUAAUAUCUACAUACCGCAACCUUAUAUCACCUGUCCCACAUUCGAACACGUGAUGAUAUAUACAUACCGCAACUUUAUAUCAACUUUCCUGCAGAUAAGCACAUGAUAAUAUAUACAUACCGCAACUUUAUAUCAACUUUCUCGUCGAUAAACACGUGAAGAAAUUUACAGACCGCAACUAUAUAUUAACGUUCAUGCAGAUGAACACGUGAUAAUAUAAACCCGCCGCAACUUUUAUCAACUUUCCUGCGGAUGAACACGUGAUGAUAUAUACAUCCCGCACCUUUAUAGAUACUUUCCUGAGGAUGAACACGUGAUGAGAUAUACAUACCGUAACUUUAUAUCUACUUUUCUGACGAUGAACACGUGAUAAUAUAGAAUAUAAACAUACCGUAACUUUAUAUCAAUUUUCCUGCAGAUGAACUCGUGAUGAUAUAUACAUACCGCAACUUUAUAUAAACUUUUCUGCAUAUAAACACCUGAUAAUAUGUACAUACCGCAACUUUAUAUCAACUUUCCCGUCGAUAAACACGUGAAGAUAUUUACGGACCGCAACUUUAUGUUAACGUUCAUGCAGAUGAACACGUGUUGAGAUAUACAUACUGCAACUUUAUGUCUACUUUUCUGCAGAUGAACACCUGAUAAUAAUAACAUACCGCAACUUUAUUUCAAUUUUUCUGCAGAUGAACACGUGAUUACAUAUACAUAUAAUCACGUUAUAUGAACUUUUCUGCAGAUGAACACGUGAUAAUAUAUACAUAACGCAACUUAAUAUCAACUUUUCCGUCGAUAAACACGUAAAGAUAUUUACAGACAGCAACUUUAUAUUAACGUUCAUGCAAGAGCAACUGAACACGUGAUAAUAUAAACGUGCCGCAACUUUUGUCAGUUUUUCUAUAGAUGAUGAGAUAUGGAUAUCGCAACUUUAUGUAAACUUUCCUGCAGACGAACACGUGAUAAUAUAGACAUACCGCAACUUUUUAUCAAUUUUCCUGCAGAUGAACACCUGAUGAUAUCCAGCUAUUUCGAGGAAGGUUGUCGGGAAAAAAUGUGCACGCGACAAUCCCAAAAGGUAAUAUGGGAUACGAUCAAUUCACGAUGCUUGACACUGUAGCUUUCGAACCUACUUUUGUUACUUUCUUUUACCACUCGCAAUCAUAUAUCCAUGGCCUCUCGUGCCAUUCUCUCAAAUUUUUCUUGAAGAACAGUGAACUCAAACCCACCCACGAUACCAUUCGGAAUUGUCGCGUGCACUUUUUCCCACAAUCUUUUUCGAAGUAGCUGUAUACAUACCGCAACUUUAUAUCAACUUUCCUACGGAUGAACGCCUGAUGAUAUAUACAUACCGCAACUUUAUAUCAACUUUUCUGCAGAUGAACACGUGAUGAUAUAUACAUACCGCAACUUUAUAUCAACUUUCCUGCACACGAACACGUGAUAAUAUAUACAUACCGCAACUUUAUAUCAAUUUUCCUGCAGAUGAACAGGUGAUGAUAUAUACAUACCGUAACUUUAUGUCAACUUUCCUGCAGAUGAACAGGUGAUGAUAUAUACAUACCGCAACUUUAUAUCAACUUUCCUGCAGAUGAACAGGUAAGAUAUAUACAUACCGCAACUUUAUAUCAACUUUCCUGCAGAUGAACACCUGAUGAUAUAUACAUACCGCAACUUUAUACCAACUUUCCUGCACACGAACACGUCAUAAUAUAUCCAUACCGCAACUUUAUAUCAAUUUUCCUGCAGGUGAACAGGUGAUGAUAUAUACAUACCACAACUUUAUGCCAUUUUUCCUGCAGACGAACAGGUGAUGAUAUAUACAUACCGCAACUUUAUAUCAACUUUCCUGCAGAUGAACACCUGAUGAUACAUACAUACCGCAACUUUAUAUCAACUUUCCUGCAGAUGAACACCUGAUGAUAUAUACAUACCGCAACUUUAUACCAUUUUUCCUGCACACGAAAACGUGAUAAAAUAUAGAUACCUUAACUUUAUAUCAAUUUUCCUGCAGAUGAACAGGUGAUGAUAUAUACAUACCGCAACUUUAUGUCAACUUUCUUGCAGAUGAACACGUGUUGAUAUAUACAUACCGCAACUUUAUAUCCAGUUUUUUGCAGAUAAACAGGUGAUGAUAUAUACAUACCGCAACUUUAUAUCAACUUUCCUGCAGAUGAACAGCUGAUGAUAUUUACAUACCGCAACUUUACACCAACUUUCCUGCACACGAACACGUGAUAAUAUAUAGAUACCGCAACUUUAUAUCAAUUUUCCUGCAGAUGAACAUGUGAUGAUAUAUACAUACCGCAACUUUAUAUCAACUUUCCUGCAGAUGAACACCUGAUGAUAUAUACAUACCGCAACUUUAUGUCAACUUUCCUGCAGAUGAACAGGUGAUGAUAUAUACAUACCGCAACUUUAUAUCAAUUUUCCUGGAGAUGAACAGGUGAUGAUAUAUACAUACCGCAACUUUAUGUCAUUUUCCCUGCAGAUGAACAGGUGAUGAUAUAUACAUACCGCAACUUUAUAUCAACUUUCCUGCAGAUGAACACCUGAUGAUAUAUACAUACCGCAACUUUAUGUCAACUUUCCUGCAGAUGAACAGGUGAUGAUAUAUACAUACUGCAACUUUAUAUGAAUUUUCCUGGAGAUGAACAGGUGAUGAUAUAUACAUACCGCAACUUUAUAUCAUUUUCCCUGCAGAUGAACAGGUGAUGAUAUAUACAUACUGCAACUUUAUAUCAACUUUCCUGCAGAUGAACACCUGAUGAUAUAUACAUACCGCAACUUUAUGCCAACUUUCCUGCACACGAACACGUGAUAAUAUAUACAUACCGCAACUUUGUAUCAAUUUUCCUGCAGAUAAACAUGUGAUGAUAUAGACAUACCGCAACUUUAUACCAACUUUCCUGCAGAUGAACAGGUGAUGAUAUAUACAUACCGCAACUUUAUAUCAACUUUCCUGCAGAUAAACGCGUCCUGAUAUAUACAUAUUGCAACUUUAUAUCAACUUUCCUGCAGUUGAAUAGGUGAUGAUAUAUACAUACCGUAACUUUAUAUCAACUUUCCUGCAGAUGAACGCGUCCUGAUAUAUACAUACUGCAACUUUAUAUCAGCUUUCCUGCAGUUGAAUAGGUGAUGAUAUAUACAUACCGCAACUUUAUAUGAAUUUUCCUGGAGAUGAACAGGUGAUGAUAUAUACAUACCGCAACUGUAUGUCCUUUUCCCUGCAGAUGAACAGGUGAUGAUAUAUACAUACCGCAACUUUAUAUCAACUUUCCUGAAGAUGAACACCUGAUGAUAUAUACAUACCGCAACUUUAUGUCAACUUUCCUGCAGAUGAACAGGUGAUGAUAUAUACAUACCGCAACUUUACAUCAACUUUCCUGCAGAUGAACACCUGAUGAUAUAUACAUACCGCAACUUUAUGUCAACUUUCCUGCAGAUGAACAGGUGAUGAUAUAUACAUACCGCAACUUUAUAUGAAUUUUCCUGGAGAUGAACAGGUGAUGAUAUAUACAUACCGCAACUUUAUGUCAUUUUCCCUUCAGAUGAACAGGUGAUGAUAUAUAUAUACCGCAACUUUAUAUCAAUUUUCCUGCAGAUGAACACCUGAUGAUAUAUACAUACCGCAACUUUAUAUCAACUUUCCUGCAGAUGAACAGGUGAUGAUAUAUACAUACGGCAACUUUAUAUCAACUUUCCUGCACUCGAACACGUGAUAAUAUAUACAUACCGCAACUUUAUUUCAAUUUUCCUGCAGAUGAACAGGUGAUGAUAUAUACAUACCGCAACUUUAUAUCAAUUUUCCUGCAGAUGAACAUGUGGUGAUAUAUACAUACCGCAACUUUAUAUCAACUUUCCUGCACACGAACACGUGAUAAUAUAUACAUACCGCAACUUUAUAUCAAUUUUCCUGCAGAUGAACAGGUGAUGAUAUAUACAUACCGCAACUUUAUGCCAACUUUCCUGCACACGAACACGUGAUAAUAUAUACAUACCGCAACUUUAUAUCAAUUUUCCUGCAGAUAAACAUGUGAUGAUAUAUACAUACCGCAACUUUAUACCAACUUUCCUGCACACGAACACGUGAUAAUAUAUAGAUACCGCAACUUUAUAUCAACUUUCCUGCGGAUGAACAGGUGAUGAUAUAUACAUACCGCAACUUUAUAUCAACUUUCCUGCAGAUGAACGCGUCCUGAUAUAUACAUACUGCAACUUCAUAUUAACUUUUCUGCAGAUGAACAGGUGAUGAUAUAUACAUACCGCAACUUUAUAUCAACUUUCCUGCAGAUGAACACCUGAUGAUAUAUACAUACCGCAACUUUAUACCAUUUUUCCUGCACACGAACACGUGAUAAAAUAUAGAUACCUUAACUUUAUAUCAAUUUUCCUGCAGAUGAACAGGUGAUGAUAUAUACAUACCGCAACUUUAUGUCAACUUUCCUGCAGAUGAACAGGUGAUGAUAUAUACAUACCGCAACUUUAUAUCAACUUUCCUGCAGAUGAACACCUGAUGAUAUAUACAUACCGCAACUUUAUAUCAACUUUCCUGCAGAUGAACAGGUGAUGAUAUAUACAUACCGCAACUUUAUAUCAACUUUCCUGCAGAUGAACACCUGAUGAUAUAUACAUACCGCAACUUUAUAUCAACUUUCCUGCAGAUGAACAGGUGAUGAUAUAUACAUACCGCAACUUUAUAUCAACUUUCCUGCACAUGAACACCUGAUGAUAUAUACAUACCGCAACUUUAUAUCAACUUUCCUGCAGAUGAACAGGUGAUGAUAUAUACAUACCGCAACUUUAUAUCAACUUUCCUGCAGAUGAACACGUGAUGAUAUAUACAUACCGCAACUUUAUAUCAACUUUCCUGCAGAUGAACAGGUGAUGAUAUAUACAUACCGCAACUUUAUAUCAACUUUCCUGCAGAUGAACACGUGAUGAUAUAUACAUACCGCAACUUUAUAUCAACUUUCCUGCAGAUGAACAGGUGAUGAUAUAUACAUACCGCAACUUUAUAUCAACUUUCCUGCAGAUGAACACGUGAUGAUAUAUACAUACCGCAACUUUAUAUCAACUUUCCUGCAGAUGAACAGGUGAUGAUAUAUACAUACCGCAACUUUAUAUCAACUUUCCUGCAGAUGAACAGGUGAUGAUAUAUACAUACCGCAACUUUAUAUCAACUUUCCUGCAGAUGAACAGGUGAUGAUAUAUACAUACCGCAACUUUAUAUCAACUUUCCUGCAGAUGAACACGUGAUGAUAUAUACAUACCGCAACUUUAUAUCAACUUUCCUGCAGAUGAACAGGUGAUGAUAUAUACAUACCGCAACUUUAUAUCAACUUUCCUGCAGAUGAACAGGUGAUGAUAUAUACAUACCGCAACUUUAUAUCAACUUUCCUGCAGAUGAACACGUGAUGAUAUAUACAUACCGCAACUUUAUAUCAACUUUCCUGCAGAUGAACAGGUGAUGAUAUAUACAUACCGCAACUUUAUAUCAACUUUCCUGCAGAUGAACACGUGAUGAUAUAUACAUACCGCAACUUUAUAUCAACUUUCCUGCAGAUGAACAGGUGAUGAUAUAUACAUACCGCAACUUUAUAUCAACUUUCCUGCAGAUGAACACGUGAUGAUAUAUACAUACCGCAACUUUAUAUCAACUUUCCUGCAGAUGAACAGGUGAUGAUAUAUACAUACCGCAACUUUAUAUCAACUUUCCUGCAGAUGAACACGUGUUGAUAUAUACAUACCGCAACUUUAUAUCCACUUUUUUGCAGAGAAACAGGAGAUGAUAUAUACAUACCGCAACUUUAUAUCAAUUUUCUUGCAGAUGAACACGUGAUGAUAUAUACAUACCGUAACUUUAUACCAACUUUCCUGCACACGAACACGUGAUAAUAUAUACAUACCGUAACUUUAUAUCAAUUUUCCUGCAGAUGAACACGUGAUGAUAUAUACAUACUGCAACCUUAUAUGAACUUUUCUGCAGAUGAACCCGUGGUAAUAUAUACAUAUUGCAAUUUUUUUUAACUUCCCUGCAGAUGAACAAGUGUAUAUAUAUUCAUGCAGCAACUUUAUAUCAUUUUUUGUUCGAUGAACACGUGAUGAUACUUAUUCUUGCCGCAGCUUUAUAUCAACUUUCCUGUAGAUAAAGACGUGAUAAUUAAUAUAUACAUUAUGCAACUUGAUAUCAACUUUCUUGUACAUACUGAAACUGUUCGUAUAACCACGUUUUGUCACAGAAAGCUUCACAGCACUAUCAAAUUCGUUGUAUAUUACGUCGAAACAUUGCUGCCAUUUUCAGAAUUUUUUCACGUAUGCGCUCUUUUAUCGCUUCUCACAUUCCUUACUGGCGAUCACGUACACAAAUCGGAUUUGACCAGAUCUCGCCUCCCACUUUGUCGACAUGAGAUAUGGGUACGAGAUUGCUGUAGAUGAACACGUGAUGAUAUAUACAUACCGCAACUUUAUAUCAACUUUCGUGUGGAUAGACACUUGAUGAUAUAUACUUGUUGCAACUUUAUAACAACUGUUCCUUCGAUGAACACGUGAUGAUAUAUUCAUGGCGCAACUUUAUAUCAACUUUCCUGGUGGUGAAUACUUGAUAAUAGGGAGCUUGAGCAACAGCAUUUUUGAGCGACGGACGUCGACCGGAAGUAGACAUUUUGCAUCAUUGGGUAGUGGUUUGGUUGAAACUCUCGGGUGAAUCGUCUUUAUAAGAGAAAAGGAACUCAGCAACACAAAUUUGUUAGGGUCAAGGCAUAUGAAAAGGGGUAAGGCCUCACUUCCAGUUAACCUUCGUCGCUCAAAAACGUCUUUGCUUAAGUUCCCUUAUAUAUACAUGCCACAACUUUACAUCACCUUUUUUGUACAAUGUAAAUUUUUUGUUUUGAUUGCAGUGGGUGUAUUAAUAUGGUCAUCUUUUUAGUAUAAAUCUAAUAAAGCAAUGUGCUUUAUGGAUAUCUUAUGAACUUGUUUUGACAGCUGCUGGAUUUGUCGUCAAAAUAUCAGACAUAAAUUCUAUAAAAUGUUCUUUGGGUAGCAUAAUUUCCCUCGUCUUCCUCUGUUCAGUUUGCUCCGCUAUCUUUGAUAAAGCUUGCCGCUGCGCCUCGGAAAAUACGUUAAUGAUAUUUUUCGGUUUUUUGUUUUGUUUUUUUGUUUUCUCUUUUAAUUUCUUGAAACAAUAUCUGAGCGCGCGAAAUUUAUUAUGGUCAAAUGAUCAAAAAACGCUCGUGUUUAGUGUAGGUUUCCAAGAGCGCGCGCAUUGCGUUAAUGUUAACCAAGGUAACCGAACUUGUUUAGAUCUAUGUCNAAAGGGGUAAGGCCUCACUUCCAGUUAACCUUCGUCGCUCAAAAACGUCUUUGCUUAAGUUCCCUAAUAUAUACAUGCCACAACUUUACAUCACCUUUUUUGUACAAUAUAAAUUUUUUGUUUUGAUUGCAGUGGGUGUAUUAAUAUGGUCAUCUUUUUAGUAUAAAUCUAAUAAAGCAAUGUGCUUUAUGGAUAUCUUAUGAACUUGUUUUGACAGCUGCUGGAUUUGUCGUCAAAAUGUCAGACAUGAAUUCUAUAAAAUGUUCUUUGGCUAGCAUAAUUUCCCUCGUCUUCCUCUGUUCAGUUUGCUCCGCUAUCUUUGAUAAAGCUUGCCGCUGCGCCUCGGAAAAUACGUUAAUGAUAUUUUUCUUUUUGUUUUGUUUUUUUUUGUUUUCUCUUUUAAUUUCUUGAAACAAUAUCUGAGCGCGCGAAAUUUAUUAUGGUCAAAUGAUCAAAAAACGCUCGUGUUUAGUGUAGGUUUCCAAGAGCGCGCGCAUUGCGUUAAUGUUAACCAAGGUAACCGAACUUGUUUAGAUCUAUGUCUUAAAAAAAUAUGCUUAGAUAGCUGAGUGGUGGGAAAAUUCACUUCAAUGUUGACUGGCAUUUUUGUAACGUGUAGUUAAGCAAUGGAGUAAAUAAAAUGUUAAACAUUAGCUCAAGUUUGCGUGGCAUUGGUACAAAAAACUUUUUUGUCUGACCGCGUUUACAACGCCUUUCUAGCGGGUAGAGAAAAAGGAAAACUUUUUUUUUUGGAAAGCUUUUCUUACCUUUUCAUUGUCCACCCCGCGAAAGGUCCAAAAUUAAAUGUGGUGAUGUUUGUACGAUGAGGGAAAACAAUGGUUUUGCGCUCCUGUACAAUUUUUGUCCUCUCGUUUGAACCGCGCGACUUUUUCCGUUAGUUAAAAGAAAGAAAUGAUGCCAAACCGUCACAAUAGGGAUGAUGAUUCUCAUCGCGCGCGCGCUCAGAAAGCUAGUUUUCAGGUCUCUUGUGGCGUGGAAGAAAGCAGUUUGUGGAUCUCUUGAGACCUCGUUUUGAUUAUAGUAAUGAUCAAGUUGUCUUUACACCUUCAGCCCUUCAUUACCAGGAAAUACAUUUUUAUUAACGUGAAAAUAUUAUUUAUUUCAAUUAAUGUAUAAACAGUUUAGCGAAGAAAGCAAACAUUUAAUUUGUGGCCUAGCCAUAAAAGAUUAUUGCAUCAAGAAGGACAAUCAUUAAGGCCAAUUUCUAUAGCCUUUUAUCGAAAACAACAUUCUUAGUGCGAAUAAGGUUUAAUUUUCCCUGAGUGAAUGUUCUUUUAUGACAAUUAUUAUUUUUUUGAGCAUUAUCUUGCCAAUAUCGCGUUGAAUUUGGAGGUACACUUUAAUUCGGGAGCGAAUUUUACAAUAUACCUAAAAUUCGUAUUGCAGAAGUGGAGCGUAUAGUACGUUGCAUUCAUUUUGUUAAGCUUGUACAUGUAUUUAAUUUGCUACCGUUCUUACACAAACAAACACGCGAUGUGUUCAGUCAAUUGCCUCUACGUGUUAAGGAGCUUAAGAAAGGAAGGAUAUAACCAAGUGGAAAUUGAUCAUUUAUUUCGGUCUUUUGUUUUACCUAAAAUUUCGUAUGGUUUACCGGUGAAUACAGCAUCCGUGCCUGAACUUAAUACUGUGCAGCAGUUUCUUCGCAGGUGUCGUAAAUGCCGUUUUAUGUCCUAUGCUAUAGAUAUAUACGAUUUGCUUGAAAAAACAGACAGGUCAAUCUCAAAGAAGAUUAGUUGCCUACCUACUCAUCCGCUGUAUAAUUUGUUGCCCAAAUUUAAAGAAUCUUCAAAACGUCUGAGAACUCAAACAAGCCUACUACCCUGUGUUAAUACGGAACGUUUUAAAGCUACCUGUAGUUUUAUUAAUAAACCGUAUUUUAAAUAUACUUUUACUUUUUAACCUAAUAAUAUUAAACAUGUAAAUAUAGGUAUGUAUUUUUACUGGUAUAUUCAAUAACGACUGAAAAGGAAAAAAAAAGACUUAAAAAUACAUGUAAAAUCAGGGAGCAGAGAGAUUAAUAAAAGUAACGAACGCAUGAACAUUUGAGUUGUUUGUCACGCAAAUCAAAACUCGAAAGCAAGCAUAUGGAAAAUCAGCUUUUUUUCCAACGCUACUAAUAAUCAUCAUAAGGAGUUCGCUAAGUUUACACGCGGGUAUGGACAAAUUUUUGAACGGACAAAAACUUGCACGCAUCCGGCGUUUUUCGUUUUCAAGGGACCCGGAGAACCGUGCAAGUUUUGGUAUGGACUCUUGUAAACAGUACUGAACAGUACUGCAAUCUCUGACAGAAUUUGUACGGUUCCGUGUAAACGAGUUGCACAAGUAAAAGGUUCGUCCGUUCAGAAAUUUGUCCCGGACCCGUGUAAACGGUAUGUGAGUUUCAGGUCCAUUUUUAACAGAGUGUUUAGCACGACGGCGACGACAGAGUAAAUGUCACUUAAAAAGUGAGUUCGCGUUAUUUCAAUCUUCAUCGCGGUUAUUUCAACUCGUUGACGUUGUAAAAUGCUGGCCAAUUCUCCCUUGAGUUGAAUUCUUAGGAAUCAUAUCCGAGUUCAGAAAGAGGAAGAAAAUUUCGUCGUCGCUGGAUAACUUCCUUCGUCAAUCGUGAAAUCAGGCAUUUUCACGUCGUAGUCACCCGGUAACAGCAAAUGUUGAAGGUGUCGUUUUGCUUAUUAAUCCUUUUGCUCUUUUGACGUGUUCGUUGCCGUCGCCAAGACCAUUAAACAUGCACUGAGCGUUCAUUGAACGCGCUUCAGUAACUUAUAUUGUGGAUCUAUGCAUUUUUCGUGUAAUCCUUGAUGACCAGUUGUUGCUUGUAGGUAAUUUUGCACGCAACAACAAUUAUUUCCGUUCUGUUCCCUUAGAAUUGUGUUUUUAAGAAUUCUCGCCAGAAAAUUAGGGCUAAAAAUUUUGCCGUGUUUGCUAAAUUGUUUUGAUUUUCGCUUUGAAUUAUCAAGUAUGAGUUUUCAAAGUAUGUUUUAAAAACACUUUUCGGCAAUUACCGUUUUCUUUUCCUUCUUUUUAGUGCAAAUUUGUCAAAAGCAGCUUGGGGGACCCUAGAGAAAAACGGUCAGCAGCUCAUGAUCCGUUCGUAUGAGAUUGGAGUUCUCUUUCUUCCCAAAGAUCAGGUAUGGUGAAAAUGGACGCAACAACUCAGCUGACAACUCCCACGAAUGUUGGGACUGGUUGGCCAACAAUGUUGCACCCGUUUGCCCGCGGCUAAAAGUUUGACCAGUUUUAAGCUUAACAAAACAACACGCAACAAAAUGUAACAGGUUGUGCGGACGGACGCAACAUGUAAUAUCCAGCAAUGUUGGAAAAUGUGUCCGCUUCUACGAAGCUUAAGAACUGCACACGAUCCAGUCUUUUAAAAACAGGCGGACACCUUCGUACACUCAUAAACGUUUUUCAGUUGGUACCACUUAAAAUCGAUGUUAUCUUACAUGAUCGAGACCAACUAUCCCGCAGUUUUAUUAAUUUUAUUGACGGGAUAGUGCACUUUGGUUCGUUGAUUACAAUCAACUCUCCCUAAGAUGGACGCCUCUGGGAUUGGCUUUAUGUGUUCGUAUUAGAAAAAUAUGCGUCCUAUAAAGGGUCAACUAAAAGGUGUAAACAAAGGCAGGGACCAUCUCUAUACCGGGGUGGGGGCGGGGGGGGGGGGGAGAACUCAACAAAUGUUUAUACAGGGAAGCUCAGCCUUGAGGUCCAACCCCUUACCGUUUUUCAACCAUUUUUCACGGAAAAGGUAUCCCUUUUAUAUACCGUCUAUUAACAAAUGGUACCCAUUUCACAUACCUUGUUUAGAACUUUGCAUCCCUGUUAACUGCUUUAAAUGCAAUGUCCUUUAAAUUUGAAUCAGUCUCCUAAAUCGAACGUUUUCUCGACUUUAUAAAGCCAUAAAAUUCAUCUGUUAGGCCAGGAUUUUCCCUUACGCGCAAAUACGCGUCAGAGACGCGUUGUUUCGCCGAAAAAGAAAAAAAGGACGCAAAACACCAAAGAGAACCGGUCCUCUCGGACGCACAUGUUCUAGAGCGAUAGUUUACUAAAAAUUAGUUUAGAACUGCGUAGUUCUUCAAAAACUUUUUUUUGAGAAUAAAAUAUACAGACUUUUGAAUCUUCUUCUUUUGUGUGACCCCUUUUUUAAAACUAAAAAGAGCCAUACUCACUCUGAAUGGUUCUCAAGCUUGCUUUUCUGAUGUUCCGAUCGGAGAACCACAUUGAAACUCCUUGCAGAGGCUUGGGAACUAAUGUCUCAUUGUGAGGCAUUCUGGGACAGAAAGUAGGUUGAAAAAAAAAACAUGGCGGAUUCGGAAUCACAGCCCGGUGAGCCCGCUAAGUAAAAGAGGCAUUUUCUGCCUGCUUGGUUGAAAGAAUUUACAUGGUUGCGAUAUCUGUAAGUCAACAGGUGAGAGAAACCCUUUCACAACUACAGGCUGUAACAAUCUUCAUAAGUCGACCCUGGAAAUGCACCAAAAUUUUAAAGAUCACAUUUUGAGUAUCAGUGACCUCAAGCUUAGAAAAAGCUUUCAAGCGACAGUUUCAAAUGCAAAGAAGAACAUCGACAAUCAAACCCUGGAAAUUACAAGGAGGCAGAUUGUUCAGCUUAAAACUGUAUCUUAUAACUAAGAACGACAUUGUCGCUGAUAACUUUAAUUGCUGCCUGGCAUCAGCCGGCAGCAGACCAUAUUCUUGAUCCAUUUGAGAUUUUUGGUUCGAUGGUUCGAUGGCUCGAUGGUUCGAUGGUCAUCUGUGACUGCAGCCCUGUGCAGUCAGCGGUUUGCUUAGCUGCCGCGCCUGUUUUUCACUUAGGAGCAACCCGCCAUUUUGUUUUGCUCUCAUGUAAGAUCUCUGCAGAAAUCGUAGUUUAUCGGAUGCUUGCUGUCUUUUUAAACGGCUAAACGGUAAGAACAGUUCAAGACGUAUUGUACGGAACAUUUUUUCGGUUUAUUUUUUUUAUUCAGGUUUCAAGAUUAGUUAUAGGGAGUAUUCUUUUGUCACCCAGAUUGUUAUCUCGGUAAUCAGGAUUGUAUCGAAUUGUAAGUUACAUAAGUGAACCGCAUGUGCUGUACAUCUACCUGACCUGUGAAUAAACAAGUUUUGGCCUUUACGUCAUUUGUUCGCAACUCAUCUCAUCGAUCCUGUGUACGAUGAUUGUUCGAUGAAGAAACAGCCUAUCAGCACCGCUGUUGUUUUAGAAUUUCGUGAAUUAUUAAAAUGAAUUACAAAAUAGUAUUGAAACCUCAGCGAGUUAUAUGAAUGUAAGCAUAUUUGUCAUCGUGAUCGGUUCAUUUUUUGUAUUACGCUCUGAGUGUUUCAUAAUGCCAGCAAGUCUAAGUUAUUAACUUUAAUAAAAAAGAAUUUAUAUGUUCAACUGUUCUACAAACUGUCUUUGUCCUGUCUUAGGGACUCCAAAAGGAAAAUAUUGAGGGAAAAACCUGACUUUUGAGCCCUUUGACAGACCGAAGUGACCGAUUUCUCUACCCUUUCAUAUACUUCAACUAGUGAAUUGCCUACCCAUUCAUAUACCUGAAGCCUGAAAAAGGUACCCCUUUCUGGCGAAGCCUCCCUGUAUAGGCCAUCAUAGGGAGUCUUCCACGGACUCUAUUGGUGUCCCUUUCAGCGAGGUGUCCCUCUCGUAAAGGUGUCCGAUGAAGGAGCGUUGACUGUAUGCACCAAAAAGACAUGGCAAUGCGCUUUUCCUGUUCUUGUUCCUCUUAUCUCUGUUUGUGCUUCCUGUUUCACAGGAUCCCGAAAGCAAGUAUUUCCUUGUAAAAGGAAACCAAGGAAGUAAAUCGAGCUCUUCCAGCUACAGUCUACAGCUCCCUUUUGAUGUUCCAGCGUCUCCUUACACGAAAGAUGGUACGUUAGUAAACUCAAUUAAUGUUAAAUUAAUUUUAAACUGUAUCAGGUGGUGACNAAAGGUACCCCUUUCUGGCGAAGCCUCCCUGUAUAGGCCAUCAUAGGGAGUCUUCCACGGACUCUAUUGGUGUCCCUUUCAGCGAGGUGUCCCUCUCGUAAAGGUGUCCGAUGAAGGAGCGUUGACUGUAUGCACCAAAAAGACAUGGCAAUGCGCUUUUCCUGUUCUUGUUCCUCUUAUCUCUGUUUGUGCUUCCUGUUUCACAGGAUCCCGAAAGCAAGUAUUUCCUUGUAAAAGGAAACCAAGGAAGUAAAUCGAGCUCUUCCAGCUACAGUCUACAGCUCCCUUUUGAUGUUCCAGCGUCUCCUUACACGAAAGAUGGUACGUUAGUAAACUCAAUUAAUGUUAAAUUAAUUUUAAACUGUAUCAGGUGGUCACCAAGGCAAAUGACCAAUUACAUCGCGGGAUUAUAUCCGUUACAUUUGCGAUAACGGAUACAAGAAGAAACUUUGUUGAAACCAAGUUACUGUAUUUUCCUCAAAUAAUAGCCAGGGGUGACUACUUUUUUUUUGGCACCAAAAGAGGUCGAUUAUUUGAGGGAGGCGUUUAUUUCAAAUAUUGCUCAUUAAUAUUGAAAAAAAAGAUGUCUUUUCGUAGUAGUAAGUUGCCCCAUUGAGUAAAAGUACCUCGUCCCAGUCAAGUGGGCGAAACUCAUAGUUAAAGCUCGGAGCUCUCAAAAUUGUUAAGUGGAAUUACCUGGGGGACCAGCCUAAUCGAAAUGGGUAUUUUGAUUGUCAAUAAAAAAGGAGUAUUAGGGAGCUUAUAGGGAGUUUAAGCAGCGACGGUUAUGAGCGACACAUGUCAACCGGAAGUGAACGUUAAAUAUGCCUUAAAACUACAAAAAUUGCUCAAAACGUUCCAAUGUAGCCUGCGUGCAAGCACUCCGGGGCACUCUGGCGGUGGGGCGUUACAAGGAAGUAGAGGUUGAUACAUACCACAUCAGACAUCUGACAUCAGACGUCUGACAUACCACAUCAGACAUCAGACAUCAGACGUCUAACUUACCACAUCAGACAUUUGACAUCAGAUGUCUGACAUACCUCAUCAGAUAUCAGACAUCAGACAUCUGACAUAUCACAUCAGUCGUCUGACAUGCCACAUCAGGCAUCUGACAUUUCACAUCAGACAUCUGGGAUGAGACGUCUAACAUACUUCCUCAGACAUCGGACAUCAGACAUCUGACAUACCACAUCAGACAUCCGACAUUAGAGAUCAGAUGUUUGGUAUGUCAGACAUCUGAUGUCAGAUGUGUUAUUUGGUAUGUCAAAGAUCAAAAGUUGGAUGUCUGAUUUCUGAUGUCUGAUGUGGUAUGUCAGACGUCUGAUGUCCGAUAUCUAAUAUGGAAUGUCAGAUGGCUUAUGUCAGAUGUCCGAUGUUAGAGUUCUGAUGCCUGAUUUUUAAUGUCUGAUGUAGUUUUUUAGACGUCUGAUCUCAGAUUCUGAUGUGGCUUGUUAGACGGCUGAUGUCAGAUGUCUGAUGUAGUAUUUUAAACAUCUGAUCUCAGCUGUCUGAUGUGACAUGUCAGACGUCUGAAGACGUUUUGUCUUUGUCGAGUGUUACGUAGUAAAAUUGCGGUCAUGUGUUGCGUGACCUCUACGUUUUUGGAUUAUUUAAUGAAUAAUUAAUUAGGGCAUUUUUACAUUUGAGCAUAAGUCAGCAGGUUACUGAAAUUAUAAAAUAUGUUGAAAGGCUACUACUAUUCGCCUGUUUAGUAUUUUCUAUAACCUUAUGUGAAACGUUAUUCAAGUUCCAAGUGAGUUGUUUUGAUGAACUGAGUUUUUCCCAAGAGCUGGAGUGAUGUGUUUAGUCAAGUGUGACGAAGGUCGAUUUUCAAGUUCGUAUUUACUAGUUGGCGGAGGCCGUAAGAUUUCUAAAGUUCAAGUGAGAGUUUGUUAUAAUUGGCAGAGGCUGUUUAGUUUUACUUAAGUUCAAGUCAAAUUUGUGUUGGCGGAUGCUGUGUUUUAAAGUUCUGCAAAGACUAUGUUCCUUUGGUAUUAAACUUCCUUGUGUUAAUCCGACAUCCUGGCCUGCAUGCUGAUAGUCAGUAAAUAAUUAUACUUAAAACAUUCGAACUCGUAACAUUGAGUUUUAGCCAAUUCCAUGCUCAACGUAAUUGACUCCUUACCCAUGCCUUACAUAUCGUUACAACAACAACAACAACAAAUUUUAUUGAAAAUUGGAUAAAUAUAUAACUAAUUACAUUACUUUCCCAACCGCAAAUAGGUUAUGAACUAAUCGAGGCGGGGAAAGCUGAAGACAUAUUACAAGUACAAGGUUUAUCUAUAGAUGAACUAAAUAACAGUAAAGACACUACUAUACAAUAAAUGCAAUAAACUAACGUAAAACAAGGCAAGCACAACGAUUACGAAGACAGACUAAACUAUGUAGGGAGCUUAAGCAAAGACGUUUUUGAGCGACGCGCGUCAACCGGAAGUGAGACCUUCCCACUAUAUAUAUGCCUUAACGCUAACAAAUUUGUAUUGCUAAGUUUCUUUUCUCUUAUAAAGAGGAUUUACCCGAGAGUUUGAACCAAACCACUCCCCAAUGAUGCAAAAAGUCCACUACCUGUUGACGUCCGUCGCUCAAAAACGCUGCUGCUUAAGCUCCCUAAUAACUUAAUAAGACGGUAGGCUUCGACCUGGGGGGUACCCUGCUAUGAAAAGGACGGGGUUGCUUGUCGGAAAAUUUCGGCAACACACCUAAAAGGUACCAGAAUCUUGUUUUAUGGGCGUGUCCCAAAUUCAUUUCCACCUCUAAGAGGUACCAAUUCAACAACAACAAAUUUUAUAACUGGCACUGCGAAUUGUAAUAGUAGAAAACAUAACUUUCGAACAGUUUCUUCCCAAGCACUUUUUGAAAGUAUUGUCACAAAUCUUACCGAGGCAACUCUGGCAGUAGCCUGUGUACAGACGUCCCCCUCCCCCUGAGGGAGGGGGAACGUCUGUACACGGGCUACUCUGGUAGCAGUUAUUUUCGGUUUUAGCACCCUAAGCGGUACCAAUCCACAAAUUUAAGCCCCUAAAAGGUACAACGAGCACCCCCGUCACUUUUAUAGGGGAGUAUCCCCCGGGACUUCGACAUAAUCACAGAGAUACCAGCCUCUAGAGAUCUAAAAUUUGAAGACUCUCUUUUCUUCACUACCCCCCCCCCCCGAAUUUUCAACGCCCCCCCUUCCCCGACAAAUUAACCCAGCCCCCAAUAGGAAUCACUAAGGACAUAAAAUGAAGUCUUACAUGAAGUACCUACUAUCAAAAAUCGAAAUCAUCGUUUUAAUGCCAGAAAUAAUCUUUGUCACUGGCUAAAUACGUGCAAAAAUACCCCAGAAACCGUAUUGCGAAUGGGAAAAAUUCACGUUUUGAGCUAAAAAUGAGCUAAAUUUCAAACCUAGAAACAGAAAAGCUCAAAAGAUGAUUUUAUCCUGUAGAUAUGGUGAUCCGUACAGGUGAGCGGGAGAUCGGUGCCGUAUCCGGGAGAGUUGGCGUGUGUAAUAAUCAUCCUCUGACCGCAUUACAUGAGUAAUCAGUACAUGAGACUGUUAUGCCUUUUUUGAAGCCUGAUGAAAAAAAAAAUAGGGAAUUCUUCUUUUCACUGUUUGUUUUGUUUGACUUGUUACUCACUGCCAGUAACCUCAUAUUUGACUUGGGUCUAAGUGUUUAGACCCAAAUCAAAUUUAGAAGGAUUGUAGGAAGUCAUCUGAGCACAACUGGGCUUGAAUAUCUCAGAGACAAUUAAAUUUUGCCCCAAAAUGCUAGUUUUUGGCAAGUAGGCCUCUUGGAUAUUGCUCUUUUCAGAAUAUCCUGACAAAUCCCAUAAUUUCACAAAUUGACACCUAUAUGAUUUCUAACUAUUCCUCCGCAAUUACAAUUAAUUCCAGAUCCACGACGCCGAAGUUUACGCUCCCUAACGUCUUGUUGUUAUUAUUAUUAUUAUUUUAUUAUUAUUAUUAUUAUUAUUCAUAUCGCCCUUUACAUUUUGUACAUUCCUUUUUAACUGCAAUAUGUUCUACAAAUCUAAAGCAGUAGCCACAUGCAGUCACAGGGUGCCUUUUAUUUUUUCUCAUUUUGAGCCUGGAUACAGUCCUUAAGAAUAAGCUUCAAGAAAAAUCUUCCACAUUUGACAAUAUAGCGUGUCAGCUAAAUAAACACCAUUCAGUUUGAAAGAGUUUUUAGCGAAGUUUUUACUGCCGUCUUCGUCGUCGUUGCACGUGCGCUCCCUAUCUGCUCCCUAUUUUUGGCUUUGGUGAAAGACUAUUUUGGCCUGACUAUAGGUUCUUUGGGAUGAGGUUAUGUUGGUAGGUGUCACUUUGAGGCUGAGGGUUUUAAUAAUAAUAAUAAUAGUGGAAUUUAUAUAGCGCUUAUACAUCGCUGUUCUAAGCGCUUUACUAUGUAAAAAAGGACAUAAGAAUAUCAUUAAGCACAAGGUUACAUAUAACCCUACUGUACAUAUUGGGAACUGAAUGUUUGGCUUUUUAGCAUACAUAUAUUUUGGUUAUGAAGCAGUUUGGUCUGGUUAACCCGAUGCGAUGUCAUAGCUUUUAAUUGGGAUAAGAAGUGUAAAUAAAUGAGUCGAUAAAGGCAAAAUAAUUAACUUAGGCAUUAGUGUAGAGUGGGCCUGGAAUCGCGGCGUUAAGUUACAGGGUCCCGACAUUCAACUGAACCUGGUCUGGUACUUGGUAAGGAAUUUUAGACUAUUAGCGGUGAACAGUGGAAAGUACCCCCCUCCUAACCCCACCCCUCCCUCCCUGGGGAAUUGUAAAUGGGUGGUAACUUGAAGGAGUCAACUUCCGUUUCCGCGUACAUCCUUCGAGCCUGUGAGUUAGAGAAACCGUAGUAGGUGGGUCUUUCAUAGAAAACAUUGAUUUGCAUUACAGAGAACAAAUGUUUGUUUUUAAAAAGACUUCAUUUGAUGUCGGGCAAAAGAAUCGUAGAUUCAACUAAAACGACAUUUGAGAUGGUAAAAAGGGAUGUUUUAUUUUAAAUUUUGUCUCAAUGUUUAAACUGCCGCUCUGUGUGCGUAUGGAGCGAAAUUUAGAGCAAUAAAAUUGCGAAGAUGGCAAAGAGUCUGUAAGUCUGUAAUGACGAAAACGGAAGCGGAAGUUUGUGGUAACGGGAAUUUAUCCCAGUCAAACCUCGGUAAUUUUUGCCAGGAAUUAACCUGUCGUCAGUAGUUCUGGGUGGCCGUAAUAGCGAGGUGUCCGCGCAAGGUAAGAGCUGACUGCAUAUUUUGUUAUUCUUUUGUAGAACGCCCAUGGAUGUGGGACGUCAAGUACAACAUCCCGGACUGCCACGGAAGAAUAUGGUCACCGUCUUGAAGGACCUUUAAACACAACUUUCAAGUGCUAUAUAAUAGGCCCUGCAUUUAUUUGCUCGCUUGGCGUCNGGUAACUUGAAGGAGUCAACUUCCGUUUCCGCGUACAUCCUUCGAGCCUGUGAGUUAGAGAAACCGUAGUAGGUGGGUCUUUCAUAGAAAACAUUGAUUUGCAUUACAGAGAACAAAUGUUUGUUUUUAAAAAGACUUCAUUUGAUGUCGGGCAAAAGAAUCGUAGAUUCAACUAAAACGACAUUUGAGAUGGUAAAAAGGGAUGUUUUAUUUUAAAUUUUGUCUCAAUGUUUAAACUGCCGCUCUGUGUGCGUAUGGAGCGAAAUUUAGAGCAAUAAAAUUGCGAAGAUGGCAAAGAGUCUGUAAGUCUGUAAUGACGAAAACGGAAGCGGAAGUUUGUGGUAACGGGAAUUUAUCCAAGUCAAACCUCGGUAAUUUUUGCCAGGAAUUAACCUGUCGUCAGUAGUUCUGGGUGGCCGUAAUAGCGAGGUGUCCGCGCAAGGUAAGAGCUGACUGCAUAUUUUGUUAUUCUUUUGUAGAACGCCCAUGGAUGUGGGACGUCAAGUACAACAUCCCGGACUGCCACGGAAGAAUAUGGUCACCGUCUUGAAGGACCUUUAAACACAACUUUCAAGUGCUAUAUAAUAGGCCCUGCAUUUAUUUGCUCGCUUGGCGUCAAGAUGUCUCUUGUCAGUUUGGAAAAUAUGCUUCCACUCCAGUUGAAAACGCUAAGCAUUCGAUCGAGUGGCUUAAAACUUUUCUUCACAUGCUUCGAGUCUAACUGCAAACAACAUUGAUCGCUUGGCCCAGAAUUCUCACGGCUUACGUGGUAUCUGGCGAAAAUAGUAUAUGUUAAU